AUGUAUUUCCUGCUGAUUUGUACGCUUUUUCCUGUGAUAGAUUCUCGUACGAUUGUUCAACUCCAUCGACAAUCGAUUUAUCAAUCCAAUAUCUCUUGUUCUUUGGUUCACAAUCAGUCAAUUUCAAAAUUGAAUGACUGUAUUCGUUUAUGCCAGGAUGAUUAUCGCUGUCAAACAGCUGUUUAUUUCAAAGACAAACAAAUCUGUUCUUUGUUUACUGAAAGUUGUCAAAAAAAUUCGAUUAAACCGACGGAAAAUAUCACUGCAACUGUUAUUUGCUGUAAGAAAAAUUCUCAACUUCUUCCGACAUGUGCUUCAACUACAACACCACAACCAGUGUUCGAGCCAGCUAGUUUGUGGUCGUUUGAUAAUAAUACAAAUGACAGUAUUUCAAAUUAUCAUGGAGUACUGAGUGGUUCGCCGAUCUAUCGCAGCCCAGGUAUAAAUGGAUAUGGUUCUACCUUAUGGUUUGAUGCAGCCAAUAACCAAUUUGUUAAUGUACCGACAUACAGAAAUCUCUCUUACAGAAGUUUUACGGUGCAAAUGUGGUUCUUCAGUACCAACACGUCUAGCUAUACGUGUGGAUUCUUUGGACAGCGCCAUGCUGCAAAUGCAGACGAGUCAUUACAUUAUGUACUUCGAAAUGGUUCACCUCGACUGUGUUUUUUCUCUGAUGAUCUUCAAAGUUCAACUAUUAUUCAGAUAAAUACUUGGUAUCAUAUUACUUUUGUAUACAAUUAUUCAUCAUUUACUCAAUCUAUUUAUCGAGAUGGAAUGCUUGAUUGCAAUCGAACAUCGAACAACCCUUAUCAAAGUAUGUCAGGUUUGAUUGUUAUUGGAAAAACUGAACAACAACCUGGUACUCCGUGGUACUUUUCUGGUGCCAUUGACGAAGUAUUAUUGAGUAUGAAAGCAAAAACUGCCAGCGAAAUAUUGGAUGAUGCUACGUUAGUUACAUAUCAUUCAUUUGAUUCCCAAUCAUACUAUGAUGCAAGUUCACUACGACUCAAAGGAACUUAUGCCAAUGUCACAUUCUCCAUUGGAAAAGUAAAUCAAGCUAUCGAUUUUCAAUCAAAUUCGUCUUUUUACGAAAUUGAUGGUUUUUUUCUGCUUGGGCACGCUAACAGAUCAUAUUCGAUUUUACCAAGCAACGUUUGGUCGCAUAUCGCUUAUACUUAUUCAUCAAAUAAUGGGCUACGAUUGUAUGUCAAUGGAACAUUGAUGAACACGACAGGCUCUGGUUUACAGUAUAUAUGUUCCGGUGAACUCAACACAUUGGUAUUAGCCAAUGCUAGAGGAAACCGUAGCUCAUGUUAUUCACAAUCAAUCGCUUCGGAUCCUUACAGUGGAUCUUUGGAUGAACUUCGUGUUUACUCACGAGAACUCGCCACUGAUGAUAUUUACGUACUUUCUCAUCCAUAG